GGAUGCUGUUCAGUUACCAUAAGAUGUUCAGCACAUCCCUCCUCAUCUACACAAGCAUGGAAACCAUCCAGACAGUCAAUGCUUUUCUUUCUCCACGAGUUUACUGAGGAUUUCGUGACGUGAAAAUUACGAAGUUUGAUUUCUUUACGCGUGCCCAUAUGGAUUUUACGCAGUGCUGAAGCCUUGUGGACAUUUCGCCUGUCCGAAAGUAGCCAAGAUGAACUCAUCUCAUCAGAUGCAUUUCUCCACUAACUGGAAAGUUGAGUCCGUGAUAAUAUCUGUGAUUUUCUCGCUUAUUUUCUUGGUGGGCACCGUGGGGAACUGCCUCGUGCUCGCCGUUCUCAUUCGUAACGGGCAGAUGAACACAAAGACAACCAAUCUGUUCAUCUUGAACCUCGGCUUGGCGGACCUCUGCUUCAUCGUCUUCUGCGUGCCUCUCCAAGCAACUAUCUACACCAUGGAUGAGUGGGUCUUUGGACAAUUCGUCUGCAAAGCUGUGCACUUUAUCAUCUACCUGACCAUGUAUGCGAGUAUAUUCACGCUGGCGGCUGUUUCUCUGGACAGAUAUCUUGCCAUCCGCUACCCGCUGCGUUCAAGAGAGAUGAGAACCCCUCGUAACGCUCUGACCUCCAUCAGCCUGGUUUGGGCUUUAUCUCUCUUCUUUUCCAGCCCUUACCUGAGCUACUACCAACAGAUGGAUCUCGAUGGAGCCACCCUUUGCAUCCCAGCUUGGAACAUACAACAUCGUAGAGCAAUGGACGUCUGCACCUUCGUAUUCGGUUACCUGAUCCCAGUUCUCAUCCUCGGCAUCACCUACGCCCGCACCAUCCGUUAUCUGUGGACAUCUGUGGACCCCAUGCAGAACCUGUCGGAAUCCCGCAAGGCCAAACGCAAGGUGACCAAGAUGAUUAUUAUCGUAGCUGUGCUCUUCUGUUUAUGUUGGCUGCCACACCACCUGGUCAUCUUGUGCAUGUGGUUCGGCUAUUUCCCGCUCAACCACACCACCUACGUCCUCCGGAUUCUCUCUCACCUGGUGGCUUACACCAACUCCUGCCUCAACCCUAUUGUCUACGCCCUGGUAUCCAAGCACUUCCGCAAAGGCUUCAGGAAAGUGUUUUGCUGCGCUUUUCAUAAUCGGGCCGCAAACCGAGUUCACGCCGUGCAGCCGGCGCAGACGGUGAGCCUUGUGGACGCGGCCUCCAGCGAAGCCUUCAACCAGAGCGAGGGGUCAUCCCGGGGUCGGCUGUGGAGCAGAAGCGGAAGGAAAAUGAUGACGAGCGCUUUCAUGACAUUUAAUGUGACAUAAUCUUUUACACCCAUUUUAUCAAGUGUGGAAUUGUUUCGCUCCGGAGGCUUUUAAAAGCAUUGUGCUGUGCUUAUGUAAGAAACGUUGUGACAUAGGACGAGGUUGUUAUAUAAAGAGGAAGCAGGGAUAUUUGUGUUCGUGAUGAGGACAGUGAAUGAUGUUUGAAACGGUCUCUCAUGUCUGUGUUUUGUCAGUUCUGACAGCUUUCCUCACCAUGCUUGUGACUGUGCAGGCCGCUGUGCCACAUGGUCCAUUUUCUGAGGGUGCUCUGGGGUUUAUUAUCGGCUGAUGUUGCUGGCAUCAAAUUGUUUUGACGUUAAACAUUUUAUCUAGCAAAUCUUUCAGUUAAUGAAGAACUAAAGAAAUAGUUCAACCCAAAAUAAAAAUCUGCCCGCCCUAGGUGUACUAGAGUUUUAAAAAGGCAAUUCCUGGCUCUUUGCAGAAAAAUCAUCACUUCACCUCGAAAGGUUGUUUUUUAAUGAAGGGAUGUGAUUUUGGAGCUUUA